AUGUACACGUUGGCUACAAGUCUGGUGCUCUUCCAGGACUACGUCAUGUCCAACUUCUACUGGCUGCUGGCCGAGGGGCUGCACCUGCAUGCCCUCCUGGUGGCCAUGCUCCCCAGCCACCGCUUCACAGCCUACCUCCUGAUUGGAUGGGGUGUCCCUACCAUCUGCACGAGGGCGUGGGCAGCCACCAGGCUCUCCUUAGAGGACACGGGUUGCUGGGAUACCGAUGACCACAGCAUUCCCUGGUGGGUUAUACGAACACCGAUUUUAAUUUCUAUUAUAGUAAGUCAACUUUGUCCUUCUUGUAUUAUACAAAUUUUACUGCAGAGGUUGACAUCCCCAGAUGUCGGUGGCAACAACCAGUCACAGUAUAAGAGGCUGACCAAGUCCACGCUGCUGCUCAUCCCACUGUUUGGAGUCCACUACGUGGUGUUUGCGGUGUUUCCCAUUGGCAUCUCCUCCACAUACCAGAUCCUGCUUGAAUUGUGCAUCAGAUUGUUUCAAGGCCUGGUGGUGGCGGUGCUCUACUGCUUCCUCAACAGCGAAGUGCAGGGCGAGCUGAGAAGAAAAUGGCGAGGCCUGUGCCGGCGCCAGCCCUCCAGCCGGGACCACAGGCUCCGCGGCUCAUCCGUCCUCCUGAGGAACGGCUCAGAGAGCGCCCUGCCGUGCAGCCACGGAUCCCGCGCCCCAUCCUUCCUGCAGCAGGCAGAGGCCGGCAGUCCCCGCGGAGAGCCGCCAGCCCAGGGAAAGUGCAUGAGGGUGUUCCCCGAGGAGCACAUCACCCCAGAGCCCCUCAGCCCCAGAACACACGUCUCAGGGACCACUGCAGGGGAGGCCACCAGUGGUGGUGGAGGCCUGCUCUGCUGCAGACACACCAGGUGGCUGCCCAGCUGUGUGUCUUCAGUGUGUGAGUGCCACACCCAGUGA